UGGAGAGAGACGUGCUUUCAGUGAAGCAGAGGAGGGGCCAGUGAUAGAAGCUGUUUACACACAAGAGGAAAUCUGUGAUCAGGAGUGGUGUGGAAGAAUAAUGGAGAUUACAGACCUGACAAUUGUAGAAAGUAAAGAGAUCCCUGAACUUGAACCUGUCCACAUUAAAGAGGAGGCCGUAGAGCUGGAGUGUGUUCACAUCACAGAGGAAGUUAGUAAAGAAAAUAAAGUCGAUACACUGGAGGAGAAUAUAGUUAAGAUGGAAUCUAGCCAUUGUGAAGAUUAUCCUCCUGAACAUGCCUGCAUGAAACCCAAUCAGCCUGUCUCUGAAGACACUGGUUCUAGUGUUGGAGAAGCGGGCACUGUGCUGGGGUCCAUUCAGAGGAAACAUCACCCCCCUCAGGAAAGAGCUGCAGAUGGAAAGGAGGAAGGAGCGAUGCCGUCCACGAGCAGCACAGCAUCAGAUCUAGGAAGAUGCACCUCCACUCCAGCACCCCAGAGCAAAAUCUCUUCUGAUGGGAAACUGCAGCGUAAGCAGAAACACAGAGAUUCGACACCCCAAGAUGAUUAUGUGAAGAAACUGAGAACUCGCUCGGUUCAGAAUCUUUCUACACAAGAUAGCCGACCACUUUCUGUGGGAUAUACAGCGACUCCACAUCCCGACAGUUCUGCAACCCAGGGCAACUUCAUUUCCCUACAAACUCCCCAGCAGAUUCCUUCAGAGCAGAUCUUGUAUCACUGUUCUGAAUGUGGCACCAAUUUCAGUGACCGAGGAAAGCUGAAAAUACACCAGCGUAGUCACACAGGAGAGAAACCAAAUAACUGUACAGAGUGUGGGAAAACAUUCAGAGGUGCAACUGGAUUAAAACUCCACCAGCGAAUUCACACGGGGGAGAAACUGAUUCACUGUGCAGAUUGUGGUAAGAAUUUUAAUCAUAAAGGUAACCUUCAAAAACACCAGCUAACUCACACAGGGGAGAAACCUCAUGAGUGUCCUGACUGUGGGAGGAGUUUUAAUCUCAAAAGUAACCUUAAAAAACACCAGCAAAUUCACAGAGGAGAGAAACCGUUUCACUGUGCUGAUUGUGGGAGGAGUUUUAAUCAGAAAAUUGACCUUCAAAGACACCAGCUAACUCACAGUACAGAUAAACCGUUUCACUGUGCUGAUUGUGGGAAAGGUUUUAAUCGUAAAACUUUACUUCAAACACACCAGCAAAUUCACACGGGAGAGAAACCGUUUCACUGUGCUGAUUUUGGGAAGAGAUUUUAUCAGAAACUUGGACUUCAGUUACACCAGCGAAUUCACACAGGGGAGAAACAGUUUCACUGUGCAGAUUGUGGGAGGAGUUUUUAUCAGAAAGGUGAUCUUCAAAGACACCAGCUAACCCACACAGGAGAGAAACCGUUUCAGUGUGCUGAUUGUGGGAAACGUUUUAAUCGUAAAUAUAUACUUCAAGCACACCAGCAAAUUCACACAGGAGAGAAACCGUAUGUGAGUCCAGUAUGUGGAGAAGUUUCAAUCGGAAAGACAACCUCAGAACACACCACAUAACCUACCCGGUAGAGAAACCUUUUGAGUGUAGUGAGUGUGGGAAGAGAUUUGUAGAGUCAAAUAAACUAAAGAAACACAGUCUAGUUCACAGAGAUUGUCAGUCAGGACACUUAAAAACAAAACAAAAACAAUUCAGUUUACUCAAUGAAAGCAUCUCAAUCACACCAGAAUACCAAAGCAGACCCUGCGUCUCUCUCGUCGGUUUCAAAUGCAGAGAGCUGUGAAAAUAAACAAAUUCAACUAAAAAAAUCUCAAGCCUGCUGUGUAUGCAAAUGAUUGUAGCCCUGUUUCCUACAGCAGUGCUUCUGAAACUGGGGAGGCACAGAAUGUAUCCUGGGGGGGGGGUGAGGUGUGAGAAAGCUCAGGGAAACGUGUAGAAAUGACCGCACACAUCUUAAUCUGUAUAGAUAUUAAAACAAAUGCUACUGCUGACACCUCCUGCCACACGAAGUACCGCAGACGAGAGGAAGGGUCCCAGGGUGUCAGCUUCAACAACAUUACUGGGGAGUGGCUUCCAGACCCUCACCAGUCUCUGUGUAAAAAAAGUGCCUCCUAUUUUGUUCUCACUUUAAGGGUACAUAUUUCCAGUGACAGAUGUUAGAACAUUAGUAGCUACACCAUACCCCUGCAGUUUUGCAAUUACAGACGCACACAUUUCCUGGGCGAGAUCCUUCGUCACGUAGCAGCUUUGUGAAGUUCCCGGUGAUUCUAAAGAAAAAUAAUUCAAGUCACUUUGCCGGUCAGAGAUGCUUCCAUCUGUCAUUGGAAAUAUGGAGGAACUUGUGCAUGAAUUGCAUUCAGAUAUAAAAGAUGAUGUAAUGGGCUUCGUAUCUUCUCAUGACACCAUUAGAUCUAAGAUGGAGAAAAGCUUUGACAGCUUUGAAAAUCCAUUUACAAACUUUAAUACUGAAGCUAAAUGGAAAAAACAUUUUGGUGAAUAAUGGGGUGUAUUUGUAUUUUGAUUUUAAGUUCUAUAGUUUUGGAAUUGAAAUAAGUAUCGUGGCACUUUGAGGGCUGGUUAUGCAAUGGGAAUUUCUAUAAAUAUGAAAAUAUAAAGGAAGAUGUAAAUAUCACUCCUUCCACAGAAGGUGCAGGUUUGUCACUGCUUCGAUUGAAUUGAGGAGAUUUAGAAAUCGCAGCCAAAAGUGUGUUCACAAAGAACGUCCAAAAUAUGAGAUCCAAAGGCAACCAAACCACUCACCGUGGACACAAACCUUUGGCUGUGAUGUCAAAAUCUCCCGAGUUAAAGUGAAACAGUAACAAAAUGUCAUGUUCUGGAGUUAAAUGCAUUUGUGUAAAUUAAAAGUUGGGCUACAGAAAUAAUACAAAAUAACCCAGGAUGGCAGUGAGGACAUUUUGAUUUGGAAAAUGAUAUUCAAGUGUACUUUUUUAUUUCCUUUACCAGCAGUUAUUCUUAUGGAUGAACACUGUUGUCUAAAAGUAUAAAUGGGUAAUUGUAUGUAAAAAUAAAUAAUGUGAUAUCUGUAUAAUGUGAAAUAAUGUAUAAUGUGAUAUCUUGUAACAAUUGUAAGUCGCACAGGAUAAUUGCCUGCUAAGAAAAUAAAUAAUAAUAAUAAUAAUAAUAAUAAUAAUAUAAACUGUACUUGGUGUCCAAAAGGUGUAUUUUGUGAAAUAAAUGCUUUGAUUU